AUGGAGAGGGAGGACGAGUGGCUGGUGCAGUCCCUGAGCCAGUACGAGGACCUGCACUUCUUCGAGCUCCAGGAGCCCACCCGCCUUCUCGAAUGGGCCCCGGGGAACCGUGUCUUCGUGGCCGGGUAUGCAGAGGCCGGUGGGAACGAGAUCCUGCAGCUGCUCCCGCCGCCGCCCAUGCGGGAGGUGGUGCCCAAGAGCCUGUUUCCAGAGAGAGAAUUCAAGGUGGAAUGUGGUGGAUUCUCCGACCGCCCCAUACACAGCCUGAAGUGUGUGCCUGGCACCAGCUUGCUGGUGACCAGUGGCCCACCAGACAGCUCCCUGCAGCUCUGGAAGGUGUCAGCAGAGGACUCUAAUGUUAUUAAACCUCUAAGUGCCAUACCGACAGAAAAUGGGCAUCCUUGGGCUAGAAUUGCAACCACAGCAGCCAGAGCCCAGUGGGUCCUGCAUGGAUCAACCCUGGACAGUGUCCACAUUACAGAGGUGGAAUCAAGGAAAAGCAUCGACAUGGCAGCCCCCAGCAGCAGCGAGGAGCUCAGUGGCCUGGCAUUCCUGGACUGCAACACCUUGCUCCUGUGCUGUGCCAAGGGGCAGCUGUACCUGGGGGACGUUCGGCAGCCGCAGGCUCCCUUGGAGGCUGUGUCUGUGCCCUGGGUGCUGGGUGAUGAGCACUGGUGCAUGGGUGUCAGGCAGGCAGCUCCAGGCUCUGCCUCCAGCUCCCAGCCCAUAGCUUGCCUCUCGAACAGAGGCCACCUCACCCUCACCGAUGUAAGGAAACCCUCGGAGCCUUUGGCCUCAGCGAAGUGCAGCGUUCCCUCGCCCAGCUCUAAUGCAGAGUUCCUGUGUGUGUCCUGGGCUCCUGCUCUGGAAGGCUGCCUUGCUGUCUCAGGUUUCGAUGGCACUGUGCAUGUGUACGACACUGGGAACUGGGCCAGCUCCUCCAAACCAGCAGAGCCAACCUUUGUCCACCAAGGGCACACGUUUGGGGAAGAGGACAGCAAUGGAGACCCUCCCCUGGUCACAGCUCACACGUGGCACCCCCAGAAACCAAGGACUUUGCUAUCAGCAGCCAGCGAUGGCUCCCUGAGCAUCUGGGACUGGGUUCAGCCCGGAGGGACGUGUGGGUAGCUUGUACCUGGGGUGAGCUGC